GAAAUAUAAGUAUUAUGACCGAAAUUAUCCACUUUUUGGCAUAUAAAUGAUUACAUAACUGAUGGAACAAAUCAUCAUUCAACAUAUAAGACUCAUUCAAUAUUUCCCCUAUUACAUAAUACUUCAAUUAAAUCAAUCGAUUAUGUAAUCAAUAUGGAAUUAUGGAGGCAAAAUGCCAAAAUCUAUAUUUUCUAUUUUCUAUUCAUUAUUAAUUCUAUACUUAUAUAUCAAGUAUUUGGAUCAUGUUUUCAAUCAUCUGGAUCUAUAUCAAUUACAUAUGAUAUUAUUGAAGAAUCUAAUAUACCAUUAAUUAUUGGUAAUUUAAAAAAAGAUUUAUGUAUAGAUCAAUAUUCUAAUGAAGAUUUUAUUUCAUUUAAUAAACCUAAUAUUAAUCAACAUGAAUUUAUUAUAUUUCCAACAUCACAACCAUAUUAUAAAUAUUUUAUUUUAAAAACUGAAACCAUAGCAACAACCAAUUUAAAUGAACAAUAUUUAAUAUUAAAUCAAUCGAUUGAUCGUGAAUUAUUAUGUAAUAAAACAAAUGAUGUGACUAAUAGUCAUUCUAAUAGUAAUGAAAAUUUCUAUUCUAAUACAUAUAUACAACAAUACUAUAAUGAAAAUAAUAAUAUAUUAUGUAAUUGUUAUGAUUUAUUAGGUUGGUGUAAUAUAUAUCUACAUUUAGCUUUGAUCCCAUUACAUAAUAAUAACAGAACAUACUCAUCCAAUAUGUCAUUGUUCAGUAAUAUACAACAAUCUACACUACUAACAAAAUCUACUACUGAUUACUGGUUAAAUUCUAUAAGUAGUAUGAAAUUUUUUAUUAUAGAAUUAAAAAUUAUUGAUAUUAAUGAUAAUAUACCUAUAUUUAAUCCAUCUAAUUAUAAAAUUAUUAUAAGUGAAUCAGAUAAACCAGGUAUUAAUUAUCGUUUACCAAUAGCAUAUGAUCAAGAUUUAGGUAUUAAUUCAUUAAUUCAUUAUAAUAUCACUUUAAUACAUGCAAUAAAUAAUCAAGAUCAUACUAUUGAAUUAUUUUCGAUCAAUAAUACUAAUAAUAAUAAUAAUAAUAAUAAUCAAUUUAUUCUUAUACAAGAUCAUCAUCAGAAUAAUCAUCCUGACAAACAAUCAAUAAAUCAAUACAAUAAAAAUCAAUUAUAUAUUCAAUUAAUUGAUUCAUUAGAUAGAGAAUUAUAUCAUCAAUAUUAUAUACAAAUUAUAGCAAUGGAUCAAUCAAUCAAUCAUCAAAAAACUGGUACAUUAACAUUAUACAUUAAAAUAGCUGAUAUUAAUGAUCAAUUACCAAUAUUUGAAUAUAAUCAAUAUUUAUUUCAUCUAAUAGAAAAUUCACCUAAAGGUACUCUCAUUGGUCAAGUUAAAGCAAAUGAUAUAGAUGAUGGUAUUAAUUCAAUGAUCAAGUAUAAUAUAAAAGAAAUUAAACCAAUAAUCAAUAAUAAUAAUAAUUAUAAUUAUGAUUAUUAUUAUAAUGAUAAUAAUAAUAAUAAUAAUAAUCAAUUAAUCAAUAUUGAUCCAAUUACUGGUGAAAUUAAAUUAAUCAAUAUAAUUGAUCGUGAAAAAUUAUUAAAAUUAUUUUUAAUUAUUGAAGCUAAAGAUAAUGGUCAACCAUCAAAAUCAACUAUAACUAAUGUUAUUAUUGAAAUAGAUGAUAUAAAUGAUAAUAAUCCAAUUAUUGAUAUAUGGGGUUAUAAAGAAGUAUUAAAUUCAACUGGAUUAAUAAUGACAACUCCUACUAGUACUACUAAUAUACAACAUAGUAGUUUAAUACCAUUUUAUUUAAUUUCAUCAGAAAAUUCAUUUAUACCUAUACAUAUAUGGGUUAGUGAAUUAUUAAAUAUUAGAUCUAUAUUAUCUAUUGUAAAAGUAAAUGAUCUAGAUCAAGGAAUUAAUGGUACAGUUCAAUGUAGUUUAAAUGAUUCUUAUUUCAUCUUACAACCUGAAAUGGUCAAUAAUAAUAAUAAUAAUAAUAAUCAAAUGAAAAGUUAUUACAUCAUCUUAUCUAAAUCAUUAGAUUAUGAAUUACAAAUUAUACAUCAUUUACCAAUUCUAUGUUAUGAUUUAGGUAUACCAAUAGCUAGAACAUCAACAGUUUUAUUAAAUAUUCAUAUUAAAGAUGAAAAUGAUAAUGAACCAAAAUUUUUGAUUCCAGAAAUUUUUAUACCAGCACAAUGGAUCAAUAAAGCACAAUUUAUCAAUCAUUAUCAAGAUAAUAAUGAUAAUAAUAAUAAUAAUAUGAAUUCGAUCUUUGAUUUUCAUCAAAACUUAUUAAAUCUUAUGUUAACACCAUUAGAAAUUUUAAUCCCUGAAACAUGUCCAAUUAAUACUGUUAUAUUAAAAUUUCCUGUUCUUGAUAUAGAUAGUGGAAUCAAUAGCAUGUUAAACUAUGAAUUGAGAUCAAUAAAUCAAUAUCUUUUAAAUAGUUUAAACUUAAAUGAAUCAAUGGAAAUCAAUAAUAUAAUUGAUUUUAUACGUAUUAAUUAUACAACAGGUGAAAUUAUCAUUUAUCAAUCAUUAAAAUUAAUUCCAGAAUAUUAUAAAUAUAUUUAUGAAGUAAUUGUUAAAGAUCAAGGAAUUCCUAGUAAAGUAUCACGACUUCAAUUUUCAUUACAAAUAUUAAUAGUGAAUUCUUUUCCACCGGAAGUGAAACUACUAAAACCGAAUCAUUUAAAUAGAACAAUAAUAGAAUUACAUAAAAGUAAAUCUAAUAAAAAAUAUGAAAUUGAAAUGUAUGAAAAUGAACCAGCAGGUACACAUAUCGCUAGAAUAAUAGGAUAUGAUCCAGAUCGUGGUGAAGCUGGUCGUAUCACAUUUAUAUUAAUACAAAAUCUUAUAAAAACAUGUAUAGGAUCAUAUAAGAAAAUUGAUGAUGCUAUAUCGAUCGAUUCGAAUAAUGGUUUAAUCACUACAUUAAGACCAUUAGAUCGUGAAUUAGAUGGUAAUUUAUUAUUAUUAACAUUACAUAUACAAGAUCAUGGUAUACCUAUUUAUACAACUACUAUACAUAUUCAUAUUAAAAUAUUAGAUAUUAAUGAUAACCCACCAAUAUUUCUAUUACCAUUAUAUUCAUGUCAUUCAUCGAAUCGAUUACGUAAUUCAGAUCAUCAGAAACAUGACAGAUCAUCAUGUCAUUCAUUAAACAUCUACCCAACUCCUAAUAUUACGAAUCAAUUAUAUAAUAUGACAAUAGUAUUACCUAAACAAUCCAAUCAUGAUCUAUUACAUUCAUUUAUACAAUUUCAAACAAUUGAUUAUGAUCUAGGUAUAAAUUCUAUGAUCACAUAUCAUUUAGAUCAUAAUUGUUCACAAUUGAAUGUAUUCAAUGAUCAUUCAUUGAAUUAUUUAUUUAUUAUUGAUCAAUUAAGUGGUUGUUUAAGUAUUAUUAGUAAAUUUUUUUAUGAAAAAUUAUAUACUACUUAUAAAUUAUGUAUUAUUGCAAAAGAUCAUGGUCAAUUCAUUCAACAUUAUAGUAUUCUUAAAUUAUUGAUUAAAAUUCAAUUACAUAAUCAUAAUCAUAAUCAAUCAAUAAUUUUUAUUAAUUAUUCCAUUCAAUCGAUUAAUUAUUUAAUGAAAAAUCAAUUAAUCAAUAAUUUAUCAAUAAUCAAUAAUAUUCAAAUCAAUAAAUCAAUAUUACAAUUAAAUUAUAUGGAUCAACAACAACAUAAUAAUAAUAAUAAUAAUAAUAAUAAAAUGACAAUUAUUAUAAGAAUAUUAUUAUGUAUUACAACAAUAAUAAGUGGAUUAAUGAUUAUAAUGAUAAGUAUUAUAAGUAUUAAAAAACAACCAAAUUGGUUAUUAUGUAAUAUUCUAUGUAAAAAAAAUACAAAAGAAACAGCUAAAAUUGAAUUAUUAAGAUUUCAUGAAGUACAUAAUCAAAUUGAAGUCAAGCGUAAUCCAAAAUAUAAACAAAAUGAAAUGAAAUCAUAUGAUAUGGAAUUAGAAAAGAGUCAAAAUGAUCCAUUAUUACGUAAUAGUAAUAAUAAUAAUAAUACAGAUACAUUGAAAACGGAUAUCAAUUUAACUCAAACCCAAUGUCAACAACCUGUACAAAUCCAUUUACCUCAAGAUUAUUGUAUAAAAUGUAAUAAUUAUUCUGUUAAUAUUUCGGAUUCAUUAUUAAAUUAUUAUCCUUAUACUUCAUGUAAUCAUCAAUAUCAAGAUCAUGAUCCUCCUCCUCCUCCUCAUCAUCAUCAUCUUGAUCAUGAUCAUCAUCAUGAUGGUCAAUAUGAACAUGAUCGACAUAAUUCAGAUUCACCAGUCUUCCUACAUAUUAUAAGAACAUGUGAUAUUGUAAAUGAUCCUAAAUUAAUGAAACCAAUUAUAGAGACUACAACAACGGGUCAUAUUGUAUAAAGUAAUGAUAUGAAAUGUAUUUAUUGUAAUGAAAAGCCUACAGAUAAUUGGAAUCAAAAUAUAGUUUAAUGUAUGUAAUUCAUGAUAGGAUUGUGUAUAUUUUCGAUUUAUUUUAUUCUGUGUUGUAUAUAUGAAUACAAUCAGAAAAGAAAAAAAAACAAUGCUAUAUUUCCAUUCAAUCAUUUUGUCUUUUCUGUGUAGCGUCAUGUAGUAAGUUUAGGGUAAUGGCAUGUUAGUAUCAGUCAGUCAGUUAGUCGGCUAUAACGUAGGACCAGGCGCGUAUAUGCAGCGGUGCAAAAUGUCAUAACCUCAAUAGCACAACAAGAUGAUCACCGG